GAAACAGGUCUCACAUCUGUCUUAACUUUUGUUUAUGCUGACAUAUGUGCUCUUUAGUUCAAAUCAAGUUACCCUCAAAAGGCAUAUUUUCUGACUACUUAACUAUAGAUUUAAAAAAGGGGCCAGAUCAGGUGCAAAUCUCUUUGAGAGGAAAAACAGCAAUUACCAAGUUGCACACUGGCUUAGUUACUGUUAAAUCCAGACUGUCUGGCACAGUUAAAGACUCCGUUUCACUGGAAAUGAAAACAUGAAUGUCGAAGAGCAGCCUCUUGAUUUGAGCAUUGUUAAGACAAAAAUUAACGUGGAUGACGAUCGCAACAAUACCAGCAUUGCGCAAGGCGUUAUUGCCCGGAUCGCCGAUCUGAGGACAGACAGCGAUACAGGUAAUCCAAACAAUGUUCCCACGCAGGCCUCGAAAACAUACCUGAUGCCUCAUCUCAGUGACAACCUCCAGGAGGCUGAUGAAGGCAACCAGCAGGGAAAACACACACUGGAUGUUGAUGAAGUCAACGGAAAUGAAAGGAGUGUCUGCAACACCCCAGCAAUAACAAGUCCCUCCAACUUGAUUUUUAUUAAUGAGGCGCAGGACAUGUGUGAUACUAGGGUGGAGGAAAUGAAAGACAAUAAGGACGCUGGACUUGCAAAGUUAGGUGUGGAAGAUGGAGACGAUGGUGGGGACAUGGACAUUGGUGUGGAUCUCAGUCUCGAUGAGAGUGGGGUGUUAGACGCCGAGUUAGUAAAUGCUAGCUCCAUAUCAGAAAACACUUUAGAUGUUAUUUGUACUGAGCCAGAGCCCACGUCUCAGGAUGUUCCGGCUGGGAACACGGUGGGCACCCACUCAGAUGCUUCUGCCACAGAUCAGACUGUGCUUUACCCCUCAGUGCAGGAGGCGGAUGAUAAACAUAAGCCCAGCGGCAAAAGGGUGACGUUUCCUUCAGAUGAGGAUAUUGUCUCUGGAGCAGUGGAGCCAAAAGACCCCUGGAGACAUGCUCAAAAUGUGACAGUGGAGGAAAUCCUUACCGCUUACAAAGAGGCCUGCCAGAAGCUCAACUGUAAAGCCAUUCCCAAAGUGCUCAAACAGAUACAGGAACUGAAAGACUUGACACAGCGAAAUGAGUGUUUAGAUCUAAAAGGUGAGAAACUGGACUACCAAAACAUGCGAGUCUCUGGAAGAGAUUUGAAGCGAGUCCAGUUUAAAGUGGUAGACCUGGAGCAGACCAGUCUGGAUGAGGAUGGUGCAUCCGCACUGUUCGACAUGAUUGAGUACUACGAGUCAGCCACGCAUCUCAACAUCUCCUUCAACAAGCACAUUGGCACGCGGGGAUGGCAGGCUGCAGCUCACAUGAUGAGAAAGACAAGCUCUUUGUUAUACCUGGAUGCUCGUAACACUCCUCUGUUGGACCACUCAGCUCCCUUUGUAGCACGAGCACUCCGGAUCAGUGGCAGUCUGACGGUCCUUCACCUGGAGAAUGCUAGUCUGUCUGGGAGACCCCUCAUGUUGCUGGCAACUGCUCUGAAGAUGAACAUGAAUCUGCGGGAGUUAUACCUGGCAGACAACAAGCUGAAUGGCCUGCAGGAUUCAGCCCAACUUGGCAACCUGCUAAAAUUCAACUAUAACAUCCAGAUCCUGGAUCUGCGCAACAACCACAUCCUCGACUCCGGUUUGGCCUAUUUGUGUGAGGGACUAAAAGAGCAGAGGAAAGGCCUCAUCACUUUGGUGCUAUGGAGCAAUCAGCUCACCCACAAUGGCAUGGGCUACCUCGCUGCCGCACUGCCAUGCACUCAGAGUCUGGAGACUCUUAAUCUGGGCCAUAAUUUGGUUGGAAACGAAGGAGUACACAAGCUGAAAGACGGGCUGAUCACCAACCGCUCUGUGCUCAGGCUGGGCCUCGCGUCCACCAAGCUGUCAUGUGAAGGAGCUGUAGCUGUGGCUGAAUUCAUCGCUGAGAGUCCCAGAUUGCUGCGUCUUGACCUUCGAGAGAAUGAGAUCAAAACGGGCGGGCUGAUGGCUCUGUCACUCGCCCUGAAAGUCAACACAUCUCUGCUGCGGCUCGAUCUGGACCGGGAGCCCAAGAAAGAAACUGUAAAGAGCUUCAUUGAGACCCAACGUGCACUACUCACCGAAAUCCAGAAUGGCUGCAAGAGGAACUUUAUCUUGGCCAAGGAGAAAGAGGACACAGAGCAGAAGAUGAGACAGUCGGCAUCCAUGGCUGAAAUCGCAACAGAAGAUGGAACCACAGAAGAAGAAGUGCCACCAUCAGUGGAGCAACGGGACGAAGAAGGAGCUAGUAAAGGUGAAACAACAGAGACUGAAGAACAGAUGAGCAGUCAUUCAGGAGAAAGCCCCGAGGCAAACAUACCUGAAAAAGUGGUAGAGUCUGAUUCGGACACUGAGGAGGAGGAGGACGACGAGGAGGUUAUAUCAAAGCCCCCAGCUGCAGCAAACUCUUGCUGUCAUUUGGACCAGACUGUUCCUUCAGCCCCCAGUGUUGCCACACAGCCCGUCCUCAGUGUUUCCCAUAGGUCCCCAUCCUCAUCCACCUCACCUGCUCAUGGAAAAAAUGUCAGUCCUGGAAUCACUGUCACAGAAUCUCCAGCUCCCCCUGGAACCCCUUCAUCCCCGGGGCGCUGCAUAUCUGUCUCAAGUCCAGGGCGAGGACACAAGAUCUUCAUGGUAACUCGUGUAGAAAGCCCCCCGGAACAGCAGGCACAGAACGAUCACACACAGACAAUUAUGCCUGAUGUUCUUACUAAGAAGGUCACAGAGACACCUACAGGUGCCGCCCCAACAAAGCAGUCGCACUCUUUGCCCACAACUCAGUCUAGCAACAACAUCAGGACCCGAGCAGACCAGUCUCAGCCCCAAACAUCUACACAGACACAGCUGACAACAACGACUCUGCAGACGGACUGUGACAUGACAGAGCAGAGUACUGAAGCACACUUAGAGUCCAAACUGUCAACCCCACAGAUCCACACACUAGAACCACAGUCUGCAAAGCCAAGUCAGCCCUCAAAGGAUGGGCUAUCUAGCACUUUAGAUCCAGAAGAGACAAAUCCAAGUCUGCAAUCACGAGCACCACCUCCCAUUUCUUUUGUGAAGGUGCAGGCUGACACAUUUCAGUUCACUGAGGAGGUAACGGAGAAAAGCCAACAGCCAGAAUGUGCACAUGUAGAACAGCAGCUUUAUGGAGGAAAGCUUGGGGUGGAGGGCUAUAAGGAUGUUCUGGAGGGAUGGGUGGUCUCGCCACAUAAUGCAGGAGGAGAAAGGGCGCCAAGUCAAGGUCAGAUCACCAUUUCAGUAGAAGGAACGCCACAGACAAACAUCACACAGCUGCAUCCAUUAUCAUCGGCACUAAUUCAGAUACAGAACGAGUCAGAAUCAGAGUCAGGGGAGCCAAAGACCCAGUCACCAAACCACAUGUGGCUCAUGGAUGAGGUACUAACACAAUCGGAGAACACGCAAUCACCAGCUAUCCUGACUGAAAUCAGCAAAGCCAGGGUGAAUGUGACGGAGAGGGGGGACACCCAGCAAAACCAUGAAGGACCAAGUCCAAAACCACCCACGGGACAGCAGCAGAUAGAGCCGGGCAAAAAAGAAGCAGCGCAGUGUGUUCUUUCUGAUCAACUGGGGCUCUGUGACUCCCAAGGACAAUCACGGGGUUCUAAUCCCCGAGCGGGGGAAACCUCAUCAAGUCUCAAGCCAUCUGUAUCUUUGCCGGGCUUCGCCAAGCCUCCGGCUCCUUUAGAACUGAGCCGGACCUCCCCGUUCAGCAUAGAGGAUUCACACGACGAGAGCUCUACAGACGAAGGAGAAUCUUUAGAGGAGGUUGCAGACAUGGAGCAGGAGGUCUUGGGUUCUGCUCUGCCUAAUGGCCUGAAGCCCGAGUUCUCCCUCCACCUUCUCGAUCCUGAAACUCCCAAGCCAAGCAGCUGUGUGAUUGAGCACGUAAGUGUCAGCUGUGGGCAACAGCUCGAGGAGCUGCUGCUCGAAGCCAGUUUGGAAAUGGGGAGAGAUGCACCAUGAGUUUUAAAAGGCACUGAGGACAUGAGGAGGAAACGGUGCUCAGUUUGUCUUCUACAAGACUAGUGGACCUCCACUGGAUUCAUGCCCCCACCCCACACACACACACACAAAAACACCAACCCUUCCUACAUUCUCACAGACAUGAUCUUUCCUCUGAUGACUGAAGGCCGGUCGUGACAGUUUACUCUCUCCACAGGAAAAUAUGUGAAGACCGACAACGUCACUUUUUUUUUUUUCUAAAUCCACACUACGUCACCCACUGACACGUGCAUACAUGCACACUGACUCGGCAAAAGAUAGAGAAACUUUAAAAUAAAAUAAAAACUCUAAUCGUUACAUUCUGUCGAUCUGAAAACAGCCGCCUGUGAGCAGAUAGAAGAGACGCAGAGUGAAACCAGGAGGAUGAGACAUUAACCAAAGAGAGACCUUUAUCACACUUCCACUCGCUUUGUUCUUCUUCUUUUUCUAAUUGAUUUUCUUUGUAAUUUGAGUUUGCUUUUUGACUCUUUUUUUUUUUUCUUUGUCUUUUUUUCCUUCCACACAUUUUCAGUUAGUCACCUGUAAAAGCUGGUCAGCAACACU